GGAAACCUGGAAACUGGAAGUAGCCAGAGGAGGAGUGGUGCAGUGUGUUAUUCCCGACCUGCCUGGCCUGCUUUGACCUGCCUGGAGGGUGUCGAGGGGUGGAGGAGCGUGGGUUUGGCCUGCCACACCUGUCCUGCACUGACUGGCGGCGAGAUGAGUAGCAGGUUUUAGCAGGAAGAUCAGCACAGAAAGCAGCAGCAGCAGCAGCAGAAGUAGCAGCAGCAGAGGCAACAUGAGUAUGCAAGGGCCAUGGGGACCCAGCUGCCUUGCCCUGUUAGGGGUGGCGCUGGUGGUGGUGGUGGUGGUGCCGGCAUUCCCUGGGGCAGCAGCACACAGCAGAACACAGACUUACUACAGGAAUUUUACAAUGCCAGGAAUCACGCCCAAGGAGGAUGAGGCUUACCUGUGCACAGCGAUGAGGCUCAAUGACUCAGUGGAGGAGUGGGUGGUGAGGUUUGACCCACUUGCCUCGGCCAACCGCGCUCACCAUAUGCUGCUCUUCGGCUGCUCAGACGUCCUGCAACAGAACCUGGAGGGAGGAUUCUGGGACUGUGGGCAUCAUGGAGUGUGUCAGAACAGCCGCAUCAUGUAUGCGUGGGCCAAGAAUGCCCCCACCACCAGCCUACCCGAGGGUGUUGGCUUCAGGAUCGGUGGCCAGACAGGCAUUCGCUUCCUUACACUGCAGAUCCACUAUGCCAAGGCUCUGCCGGAGGGAGUCAAGGACCACUCAGGCCUGCAGAUGGAGCUGACCACGCAGAAACAAAAGUAUAAGGCUGGAAUAUACCUUCUGGUAGCUGGCAACACUGUCAUUCCUCCUAAUACCCCAAAAACCCACGCCGACAUGAAUUGUCUUUUGGCGGACAGUGGUAUACCAACAGACAUCAACUUGUUUGCCUACCGAGUCCAUGCACACGUUCUUGGUACUGUCAUCACCGGCUACCUGUUUGACACCACGAAAAAUGAGUACAUAGAGAUAGCAAAGGGGAACCCACAUUGGCCCCAGGCAUUCUAUCCCAUGAAUAAGACACAUUUUGCAAAGACCUCGGACAUCCUCCACGCACGCUGCACCUGGAACUCCACCGGCCGCUCCAGACACACUAUGAUAGGGAGUACUGCUGCUGACGAGAUGUGCAACCUCUAUCUGAUGUACUACACUGAUCCAAGCCUGGGCUCCGAGUUCUCAUCGUGUGGCUGGGAGACUUACCCAAUUAUCACCCACAACCUUCCCCCUGACAAUGAUGUGCCUCUGCCUCCCAACCCCUUACUGGAGGAACAUGCCAAGGGGCAGAAUUUGCAUAAGGAGCAUCCAUUUGAGUAUUCUAUUAGCAAGGAUGAGCCAAUCAAAGUAGAAAAGAAAGGACAUACUCAUCAGUAUCUUCAGGGUUAUGAGAGUCCCUAUUACGAUUACAUGGAUGACUACCGCAAGCGUAACAGACAGCCGCCUCUUGGCCUGGAGGCUGAGCGGAUUAGUGAUGGAGGGUACAGAGACAACAGGUACCCAGCCAAGCCUGGAGGUUAUGAGUAUGAGGAUGCCACCAACUACCCUCAGCCCCAGCAGGUCCUUCAGAGGUGGAAGGCGCCAGCUGACACUCCCAGACCAGCACUCAUGGAGGCUUCCCGCAAAGCCAAGCAGCUCAAGAUACUAGCAUUCAAUACAGCAUCAGACUGGGGCCAGGAGGAGGUGCCAUACGGGCAGGUGGUGGCUGUGGCGCUGGACUCUGCUGGGGAUGUGGUGGUGUUCCAUAGGGGGGAGAAAUCCUGGGAUGGCGCCACCUUCAGGAGCAACACCCUGAGGGACACGACUGACCCCAUCAAGAGUCCUACACUGCUGCACCUCAGGAAGGACACUGGACACAUCAUCAACAAGUGGGGGGAGAAGUUCUUCUUUGUCCCACAUGGCCUCACGCUGGACAAGAAUGACAACAUCUGGGUGACCGAUGUUGGCAUGCACCAAGUCUUCAAGUUCCCUGCUGGCUAUGGCAAUGGACAACCCCUGCUCACUCUUGGUACAAGGUUUGAGCCAGGAAACGAUGACACACACUUCUGCAAGCCAACAGGAGUGGCAGUGAUGACCAGUGGUGAAUUCUUUGUUUCCGAUGGUUACUGCAAUGCCCGAAUCAUUAAGUAUUCAGCUGAUGGGAAAAUACUAUACCAGUUUGGAAAGCAAAGCAAGUAUAACUAUUUUGACCUGAGUAGUUUGCCUGCACCUGGGACUUUCAGCAUCCCCCACGCCCUCACAUUGGCUGACAAUGAGGGGGAGGUGUGUGUGGCUGACCGGGAGAAUGGCAGAGUGCAAUGCUUCACCACCACUCUUGGGAAGUUUGCCAGACAGUUCAAGUUUGAUGCUUGGGGGAAGCGCCUCUUCUCCGUCUCCUACAGUCCUGCUAAUGGUGGAAAGAUCUUUGCUGUCAAUGGGCCAUCAUUACUAGGCACACAGAAGCUUAAGGUGUAUGAAGUGGACUACACAUCAGGUGAACUUCUUGGAGCCUUCAGCCCAAAGAAUGAGGGUCUGAGCAACCCUCAUGAUGUGGUGGUCUCCACUGAUGGCCGUGAAGUGUAUGUGGCUGAGAUUGGGCCAAACAAUGUGUGGAAGUUUGUGAACAACUCAGGGAUCAAGAUGCAAGUGAAGCCCACCAAUGUGACUAAGUUAAGCCCAGUGCUGGUGAAAGCAGAAGAAAGAAUUGAUACAUCAAUCGAGGCAGAAAGAACAUCUCUGCUGUACAUUGCCAACUGGUCCUCUGCUGGAGUAUCAACAGUGGUUCUCGGGCUGCUGACAAUCCCAGUAAUUGUCCUUACAGCACUCACCCUCAUCAUCCGGGCCCGCAGGACAGGUCGUCUCAAGAAGCGGAACCAGACCAAUGGGUCACUGGGAUCACUGCUGCGACACUCUGGGAAACACGACAAUGGCCUGAACAUUGGCUCCCUCAUCAACAAGCACCAUGGCUUUGAGAAGGUGGCCACCGAGGAUCUGGAUGCCCCCGACUCUGGUGAUUCAGAUGUUGAGGAGUUCUCCCAAGUAGCAAGUAGAGCCUAAGAUGAUUGUGUUGUGUUAGUGAUUCUUUCUUAUUUUAUGGUGUACAGGUAAAUGGUUUUAUGAAAGGAGAAAAUCUCUCAUGUGAUAGUCAGAUACCUUAGCUUUAUUUGGGGAUGUGUUGUAAUAAGUUAUGUUAGGUUAGGUUGAAUUACCAUGAUUUGUUUAACCUAAUCUAUUCUAACUUAACAUGAUGUAUCCCAGCUUCAUUUAACACAUCCCAAAAAUAGUUAGGAUGGCUGGUCUUCACAUAAUGAAGAAAAAUCUAAAAAAAAAAAAGAAAAUUGAAAAGCAUAGAUACAUAUAUAUAAGAAUGAAAAGUGCAUAUUAAGUUAUUGAUUGGUGCAUAAUAGAGACAUUACUCUUCUAGACUCCAGGUGGCUAUGUGAUGUGAUAUGAAAAGUCUUUUGUUUAUUAAUUCUAUCAGUCUCUGUCUGAUGCCUGUUCCUAAGAUGGCUACAACAGAAGCCUUCAUUUAUUCCCUCCCUUGCUUCCCUCCUUGCAUCCAGUAAUCCUCUCAUUCUUCUAUUUCACCUUCCUCUCAUGUACUCCAUAUAUUCUUGUCCUUACUUCUCUCCAAGCAUGUUCUAAUCUUCUCAUUCUCCUAUUUCAUCUUUCUUCCAUACUCUAGCACUCUCAUUCACUUUCACUGGAGUUUAUUCUCUUGUACCACCAUGUCUGCCACACUUCUGUACAGUCUCUUAGUCAUCUUGCUUUCCACCAUCCUUUCUACAUGCCAGAUGAUUACAGGGUGCUGUGUUUAAUCCUCUAAACCACUCCACACUUCAUCCUUCACCUUUACUAGAUCUGCUAAAUAACUUUUCAUUACUUUCUAAUUCUUGCCCAACCACUGCAGUUAUUUCAGCUGCUUGGAUGCUUGCCCUUUUCUUAGUCUUUCAUUCCUCCCCAAGUCUUGCUAUAUACUGACAGACAGUUUCUGAAGAGUGAUGCUGAACUUUUACUACAAAAACCUGCAUCAGGUUGUUCAUUUGCUGCUGAGGAAAAUAUUUCUUCAAGCUUUCACAAGAUAAUCAAGAAUCAUUAAUGAUAAUCCUGAGCUGAAUCAUUUUCUAUCCUUGGUAAACAAACUGUCCAAAUAAUUUUUAGAUUGUGUAUUUUUUAUUUACUUAUUUCUGUAAUUUUUUUCCUUAUUAUGUCCUGCACCUUCUGGUAAAGUUGUGGUCUGGAAUUUUCCUCAACUUUUUCUGUCUUUGAUAUGAAAGUCAAGAAAAAUUUCCAAAAAAAGUAGAAAAUAUAAGACUUAGGCAGUUUGUUUAUGAAGGCAAUUUUUGUACAUUACAUCUUGCAUGGGAACUAAGCUGAAUUAUUAUUUAGUGAAAUGUCAUAUAUUACACUGACACUUUUAUCAAUUUCUGACUUCUCUCAAUUUUGUAAGAUAUAUAUAAUCUGACGUGUGUGUGUGUGUGUGUGUGUGUGUGUGUGUGUGUGUGUGUGUGUAUGUGCCAGCAGUGCAUCAUAUAUACAUGUUUUUACAGCAAGCCAAAUAGCAUUUCUCUGUACAUUUACAGUAGUUCUAGCUGCAGACUUACAGUGAUGGGUGAUAUAUCAGAUACGGAACAUUAUAGUCACUUAUAUGUGAAGCAUGUAUGAGCGUUCUGGGCUUGGUGGCGGCAGACAGUAGUAUUACACAUAUAUAUAUAUAUAUAUAUAUAUAUAUAUAUAUAUAUAUAUAUAUAUAUAUAUAUAUAUAUAUAUAUAUAUAUAUUGAUAUGUAUAUAUAUGUUGAGCAGUGUUGGCUGUGGAAGUUGUGACCUGUGGGAAUGGGACAAAGAAAAUGCUGAAAAAUUUAGAUUUCUUGGUCAUUUAUUCACUUUUAAGUGUUCUGCCUUUUCUUUGGAUAAAUUUUUGAUAUGUUGUAUUUCCAUUUCCAUCUUAUUUCUCCCUUGUGUUGGAUUACCUUUUGAAGAUGGCUGGACUUUUAAUUUUUAAUCAGUAUCUUUCCAAAUAACCUCCACUCAUUUUUUCACAACACCCAGUGAUGCAAUCUGGAUGAGUAACAAGUCCUGAAUGUAUUCCUUGGCUGGCCAUAGUAGCAGGACCAUCUCUUUGCCUGUUACUUAAACUCUGCUAUAUAUAUAUAUAUAUAUAUAUAUAUAUAUAUAUAUAUAUAUAUAUAUAUAUAUAUAUAUAUAUAUAUAUAUAUAUAUAUAUAUAUAUAUAUAUAUAUAUAUAUAUAUAUAUAUAUAUAUAUAUAUAUAUAUAUAUAUAUAUAUUAUAAGGAGUGGUGUUCUGAAAGAUGAGCCAUUACUUUGUGCAAAAAAAUCAUGCAUUUCCAUGUGCAUAAAUUGAGUGUGUGACUCUUGAAGUGGCUGCAACAGUCCACUCAUCAAAAUAAUUGUCCAUCUCUACCUUAUAAACACUGGCUGAUUGAAUAGGUGUGUUUUAUGAGGAAGAACAUUUCUCUUAACAAAGACAGCAUUGCUAUACGCAACCCUUGCCAGCACAGUCAGGGCCACAACACAUAUUCCCACACAUGUUAUCCCAGGAGGUCCACACUUCCAUGAUCACCAUUGUAUGUAUAUUUGUAAUGUACAAACAGCUGUAUUAUUUUAUGGGUGUUGCUGUCACUUUAUAUAUGCAUUCAUUUCUCUUCACUAAAUAUAUAUAUAUAUAUAUAUAUAUAUAUAUAUAUAUAUAUAUAUAUAUAUAUAUAUAUAUAUAUAUAUAUAUAUAUAUAUAUAUAUAUAUAUAUAUAUAUAUAUAUAUAUAUAUAUAUAUAUAUAUAUAUAUAUAUAUAUAUAUAUAUAUAUAUAUAUAUAUAUAUAUAUAUAUAUAUAUAUAUAGACUAGGCAGUUUCAAGUAGGUACUGGAUGUGUAUAUAGGGUAACAUAUGCUUGUCAUAAGGCAUUUGUUCAUUAGAUACCUGAACAUAAUACCUGAACAUAAUAACAGUACAGUUUUGAGCAUGAGGGAGGAUGUAAAUUGUAUGUGUGUGUGUGUGUGUCCCAGAGAACGCUUAACGCUUAGAGUUCCCAUAGUCUGAUUUAUUCUCCUCCUCUUUCCCCUCCUCCUUUAUCUCACCUUUUCCUUUCCUUCUCUAUAAUUCUUAGUUCCUCUUUUCUUCCAUUCUUCCUUCUUUUUUUUUCAUCUUUUUUUAUAUUUUCAUCUUCUCAACCCUUCCCCUGUUUAUCCAAGUCUCCCUUCCCUCUACAUUCUCUACACACUGUCUCCCUUCCUUUUUAUUUUCCUUUUACUUCUUUUUACUUUUUCCACUUUCUGCUUUUUUUUUUUCUAAUCUUUCCUCCCUCUAUAUCUUCACCCUGUCUUCUUCAUUCUCCUUUCUUCCUCUCCAUCUCAUCUCUUCUCUCUGUUAUCUCCCUUCCCUCUACAUUCUUCACACAUUGUCUUCUUUAUGCUCAAGGAAAACUGAGUGGAGUGUGUGUGUGUGUGUGUGUGUGUGUGUAGAUUUACUGAAGAGUGUCCUGUCCUCCCUUGUAAUAUUCCAGAAACAACAGUAAUUCCUAUUUUUCAUUCCUGUUAAUAAUAUGUUUAGUUAAAAUAGUAUUAUGUACUACAUGCUGUAAUUAAUAUUUUGUACUGUAUUUAUUUUUAUAUAAAGCAAGUAUUAUUGUCAAAGGUUUUAAGUGAUAUUUGACGAUCAUUAUGCUCACAGGUUGUGUCACUUUCAAUAAAUAAAACUAUAAUGGUAUUUAGCCAAACCAUUUUUUCGUUAUCAUCUACAAAAAUGUACAUGCCAGAAUUUGUUGUAAUUAUUUUUAUAUGAUAUAUUUUUUUAUAGUAUAAUUCCCUUCAAUUUUUAUAAUGGAGUACUGAUAUUUUGAAAGACUUAGAGGAAGGUGACUUAUGGAAACAGGUAAUUUGGUCAGAUAGGUGUGUGUAGAGUAGGGGUACUGGGAACACACUUGGGAGGUUGACUGAUGGACACACCCCAGCCAGACAUGUGACAAGUUAGCACCAUAAUAACCUGUGUUGUCUGUCACUGCUGCUGCUGCUCUUGAUUCACUGGCUCUGUCCUACCAACUUUGCCACUCAAGGAGAUGUGAAAAGUCUUUUUUUUUUUGUGGCAACACCACUACUCUGGUUACAGUGAAGAGUGGAAGGCAGAUACUUUAUAUGUCACUAUAUGUACUAGUGUUUAGGGUACUUGGAUAAACAGCAUAGUCCUGUGUUUCUUUGCUAUGCUACUUAUGUUAAAUGAUCAGUGAUUUUCCCCACUGAAGACUCUGAUGUACUACUCCCUGAACAGUCUUCAGCUUAACCUUAUUUCAUCAUCCUUGCUCUUUACAGUUCUUGGUUCCUGUUCUCUCUCCCAUGUUUUUCAUUACUUUGCUGUCUUCACAACCCACUUCUCACCCCCGACUCUUAUCAUAUUUUUCCUGCAAAAUGGCAUGAGAACUUUUUUUUUUUUUUUCAUAAUUUCUAUCUGGAACAAUUACCCUGAGAGAACAGCACCAUACCUGCUUCCAACUCAUGUGGGUGUGGGUGGAACUUUAUGAUUUAUGGUACCUUCUCAUGCCACCAUAGUUACCUGAAUACAUAUAGGUGAUUAAGAGUCAGUUCAUUAGAAAUAAUGGUGUCCUAAGUCUACUUUACUUUUUGUAAUGAGUAGCAUGAGAUUUGUGUUGUGGCAAUACUAUGUACAUAUGUUUAUUUAUUUAUCUAUAUUCUUUUCUCUUUACUAUAUUUUUAUUAGAAGAUAGAUUGAUGUAAUAUAUAAAUUUUAUUAAUCUUAUUUGAAAUCCCAUCAGAUUAUAGUACAGAAGAGUUGAGAUACUUAUUAAGGUAGAUAUAUAAAGUUUGAUUUAAGGAGAGACUGUAACAAUGAAUUUUAUUUAUUUAUAUUACUUUUUUUUCAUUCCAAAUAGCACUUUGACAAUCUUCACUUUGUCUACACAUCCUCAUCACACCUGGGCAAGCAUGAGCUCACUCACCCAUACACAAUGUAGGACGUACUAAUGUGUUCCUUCGAUCAUGCUUAGCAGAUACUUGUUUUCACUCAAUUGCCACAAAAUGAUGUAAAUUUGUUAUUUUUUGUAUCGCUACUGGAUAUUAUGUUAGUUUUGUAAUACUCAGCACAUAGUUAGUGGUCAUUCGCACCUAAAUGUUUUAAAAUUAUAUGCACAAUUUUAGUUUUUUUUAUAACUAUUACUAGAUAUCCAUUACAAAAAAGUAUUAGGUUUGUGUAAACGUUGUCAUAUUCAGAAAUUUUUAUUGUCUUGUUCACAGCAAAGUUUGUUAUUUUUAGCACAUUACAUUAUGUUAGUAUUUUAUGUUCUGGCACAUUCACUACUAUUUUUGAUUACUUGAAUGUUUCACAGUUGUCCAGUUGUUCUGUCUUCAGCAAUGUAUCUACUUUUCUUUUUACAUUCUUUACAACACAUUUAUAAGCUGACAAAUAUAGACUAUUUUAUAUACA